AUGGCAUCAACGAUCGAACCUGAAGCCAAUACGGACAAAUUGUCAGAGGAGAAUCAAGUUACAACACAAGAAACAGAUGAAACUCCGUCAACGACAACUCGGACAGCUGGACAAACAGCAAUUGGUGCGAAGCUUGUAAAGAAACUUGAAACGCUCGCAGCAAAUUCCAAAGAAAACAAACAAACCAAUGGGAAAAGUUCAUCAAAUGCAACUAAUGAAUCAGAAGCACGUCGAAAUAUCAACAAAACUGCUAAAAAUUUACUCAAAACUCUGACUGAUGAAGAUCCACAAAAGAAUCUUUCAACAUUAGCAACCAAAUUAGCUGAACUACAAGAGCAAAACCGUUCGAUUCAGGGCAAAAUUCAUGAUUUUGAAAAGAAAUCCGUCGUCCUUAUGCGCGAAAGAGACCAAGUCUUGAUGGAAAAUGGAAGAAUAUCCGCUUCGAAGAGCAAAUUGGAAAGUUUAUGUCGAGAACUUCAUCAACAUAAUCAACAGAUUCGAGACGAAAAUAUCCAACGGCAACAAGAUGAUGAAACUAAACGUCGGGAAUUAGCAACGAAAUUUCAAACAACCAUCGAUGAAAUUGCAUCGCAAUUAUCAAAUUAUAGCGAAAAAUCGACGUCAUUGCGUGAUCAAAACGCUCAAUUAUCGGAACAAUUAGCCUCGGUCAUUAAAGAUUAUGAACUUCGUGAAAAGGAAAUCCAAGAAGCAUUGAAGAACAAAGAAGCAGAGUUACGUCUAGCUGAAACAGCUCUUGAACAAAGUCGAGUCGUACUCGCUGAACGAACGGACUUGAUCAAACAAGAACGACAAGGCAGUGAAUCCGAGCAAUUGUUAUUGUACAGAAAAUGUCAGGAAUUGGCUGCUUCGGAGCUUAGUCUUCGUUCGCAAUUGACUGUCUAUGCAGAACGUUAUCAAGAAUUUCAAAAUGCUAUCGAACAGAGCAAUCAAAUGGUCACGUCGUGUGAUACUCAAAUCCAGAAAAUGCAGGAGAAAAUCAAAAGAUUAGAAAAAGAAAGAAAUGAAUUUCGGCAACGAUGGGAAGCGGCGGAAGCUAAUCAACGGAAAGCCAAUGAUGACAUGAAAUUAUUGGAAAAAGAAAAACGACAAGCAGAUAUUAAACUCGAUAAACUCGAUCGACUAUGUCGAGCUUUACAACAAGAACGGUCGGACUUACAGGCAACGAUCAAAAACUUGACAAAGUCUUCAUUUAAGAAUGAAACAUCCAUUCUGUCGACUGUUACUCCAUCGUCAUCCGAAACUAAUGAAAACGCAUCACCUAAUCUCUAUGAUAGUGAAUUAGGCCGUAUCGCUAAAACAGUUGAUUAA